GGCUGGACCCCCGAGGGUCCGAGGCUGCUAAUCUGAAGACACUCCUUAGUGUCUUCCCACGGCACCCUGCCACCUUCCGCCGAGGGCUCAGCCAGCUAAGCAGCCCGCCACGAGUCAUUAUUCUUCUGGGAUUUUACCACUUCGCGUUCCACCGCUGAGCCCUGGCCCACGGCCGUAGCCGCCACGCAGCCCGCGAGACGGCCUCCACGGUGGUCCAGGGUUACUACCGGGGGCCGGAGGUGAGCGGCGACAAAAGGCUUCCAGAAGCGAGCGCCUCUGACUGUCCCCGGGGACUCGUCACACAGAUGUCUCUGCAAGCCCGUGUCUUCCUCCAGUCACCACCGGAGAAAGGGUCGGGAGAAGCCUUCAGGCGGUCCAGCUCCAAAGCUCCGCCCCACGGGGGUGGGGGAGGAGCGUCCCGGCUGCGCCGUAAAGUAGGGAGCGCGCUUUGCCGCUCCUUUAUCUUUACGGCAGGCCGUAAUCCACGCCGCCAAUAUGGCGUCCCCCACAUAGGCAGGGACCGUGGUUUCUAUCCUAGGUGGCCCAGGUCAGUGCUGAGCUGGUGCUCCCCGUUUAUCCAGCCCCGGCCACAGAAGGUAUCAGUCAAAGUUCAUUUCGGCCUCUGGAAGCCACACCCUGACGAGGGUCAGGAGUCGCCGCUUCUUUAUAGUUCCUGCAGAUUCCUCCUCUGCCCCGGUUGGUUUCCCGCGCCACCUCUGCGGACACCUGAAGUCUCUGACUUGCAUAGUCAAACCAUGAGUCUUCGGCAGUUGCAGUUACGCUUGCCCCGUUGUCUCGGAGCCUCGGGUCCCCCGCGGCGCUUGUGGUCCCGGCCCCUCGACACCGUCUUAGGGUGUAGACACCAUCUCCUCCUGGGCUCCUGCCGAGCGCAGUCCUCCAGGUCCCCGGCCCACUGGAACCAGGUGGUGUCAGAGGCGGAGAAGAUAGUGGGCUACCCCACGUCCUUCAUGAGCCUCCGCUGCCUGCUGAGUGACGAGCUCAGCAACAUCGCCAUGCAGGUGCGGAAGCUGGUGGGCACUCAGCACCCGCUGCUGACCACGGCCAGGGGCCUUGUCCAUGACAGCCGGCACAACCUGCAGUUGAGGGGACUGGUGGUGCUGCUUAUUUCCAAAGCAGCUGGGCCCAGCAGUGUGGAUGUCUCAUGUCAGAACUAUGACAUGGUCAGUGGGAUCUACUCAUGUCAAAGAAGCUUGGCAGAGAUCACAGAACUUAUCCAUACUGCUCUCCUUGUACAUCGUGGAAUAGUAAAUUUAAGUGAAUUGCAGUCUUCAGAUGGGCCACUGAAGGAUAUGCAAUUUGGAAAUAAAAUAGCCAUCCUGAGUGGAGACUUUCUUCUAGCAAAUGCCUGCAAUGGACUCGCUCUGCUACAGAACACCAAGGUUGUGGAACUUUUAGCAAGUGCUCUUAUGGACUUGGUACAAGGAGUAUACCAUGAAAAUUCAACUUCAACAAAGGAAAAUUGUAUCACAGAAGACAUCGGAAUAUCAGCUUGGAAGGAGCAGACUUUCCUCUCCCAUGGUGCCUUGCUAGCGAAGAGCUGCCAAGCUGCAAUGGAGUUAGCAAAGCAUGGCACAGAGGUUCAGGAAAAGGCAUUCCAGUACGGGAAGCACAUGGCCCUGAGUCACAAGAUCAAUUCUGACCUCCAGCCCUUCAUUAAAGAAAAGAGCAGUGACUCCAUGGCCUUUAAUCUGAACUCAGCUCCUGUAGUCUUACAUCAGGAGUUUCUUGGAAGAGAUUUGUGGAUGAAGCAGCUUGGAGAGGCUCAAGAAAAAGGAAGAUUAAACUAUACUAAGUUGCGAGAAACAAUCAAAGCUGGCAAAGGUGUGACUUCGGCUAUUGACCUGUGUCGUUACCAUGGAAACCAGGCCCUGGCGGCCCUGGAGAGCUUCCCUCCCUCGGAGGCCAGAUCUGCUUUAGAAAACAUUGUGUUUGCCGUGACCAGGUUUUCAUGACACCAAAUUUAAAAAAAAAAAAAAAAAAAAAAAAAAAGACCCCAUUGUUCCUUUCUGCUGAACAAACCUGGGCAAAGAGGUGAUAGGACAGCUUUUGUGAUGAAAAAUCUAAAUGUGUUAAUGACUUAAAAAAAAAAAAAACACCUUUUCCCCCUCCCUCUUAUCAU